AUGCCUGAAGAAACCCUGUCUACCCUGCUUGAACAAGCUAUUAGUCACGAACUCCGAAGCAUGCUUAUGCACAACCAGCCCCCAAGCCGGGAGUAUCACCAGUUUGCCAGAUUCCUGCAGGACCUUGAGAACCACCGCCGCCAGUACACCACGAACCAGCCUCCUGUUGUUAAGACCUAUGCUGCUACUGCCAGACCUACUCAGCGUCCCCAGUCACCCCAAGGCCCUAGCCCUGUCGCUGCUAAGCCUACCAAGCAACCCUGGCGCCCUACCAUUCAGAGGAACGAGCAUACGCCAGCGCAACAAUACGACCCCAUGGACCUAG